AUGCUGUUUGCGAAGAUUCUUACACGGCGCCCUUUUGCAUUUAGCGGUCUCAUAGCACAGCCUUUUUUUAAAAUAAUUCGAUGCAGAGCAAAUCAGAUUAGUGCGCAUUGUUACAAAACGGUCAAGCCACGGACUUUUGGAACAUCAUUUGGGAAGGAGGCAGAAGGAAAUGAAUUUUUAUUGGAAAAGAGCCUACUUCCAAAGUUAACAGGUGCCACUCAGACGGAAACACAUUUGAAAUCGGCGCUCCGAUGUCUUGUGUUUGACUCAAAUGGUAAUUAUAGGCGUGUUGCAUCGGAUGAAGAGAGAGUUGAACUUAUAAAUAAGAGAGACUUACUACCGCGGGAUUUACGGAAGAUAGAUAAGGGCUACAAUAAUAUCGUGCCGUCGAUAUUGAUACGAGAAAACUCGAUUCUUAUGAGUUUAUUACAUAUAACAACGUUGAUCAAGGCAGAUAGUGUCGUACUUUUCAACUAUUACGGAUCGUAUGCAGAUAAGAAGUUCGUUAACAGCCUCUCGGAGAAGUUGAAGAACGAAUCUGGUGACAAGCUCCACUAUGAAGUGCGGGCACUUGAGGCAAUUUUUAUGGAUGUGAUCGAGAAUUUGAACUCGGAGAUGAAAGUGCAUGUAAACGUGGUGAAAGGAAUAUUGAAGGAGCUUGAGGAUGAUGUGGAUUUGCCAAAACUCAAGUACUUGUUGAUCGUUUCCAAGAAGCUCCAGCAAUUUCAGCAGAAGGCCACCUUGAUGCGUGAUUUGAUCGAUGAACUUCUAGACCAGGAUGACGAAUUGGCCGAGAUGUAUCUCACAGAAAAGAAAGAGGGUCUUCCCAGAUCUCCCGAGGACCACCAGGAGGUUGAGCUUUUGCUAGAGUCAUACUCUUUGCACUGUGAUGCCAUAGUGCAGACUGUAGAAAACGCUAACAGCGAUGUUAAGACCACAGAGGAAAUUGUGAACAUCAUCUUGGAUUCCAACCGUAAUGAUCUCAUGCUUCUUGGACUUCGAUUCAGUGCCGGUCUUAUGAGUUUUGGAGGCUUGUUGUUUGUGGCCUCACUCUAUGGAAUGAACCUCCAAAAUUUCUUCGAGUCAAACGAACAGUGCUUCAAAGUAGUGGCCGUCGCGUCGUUCGUCUUGACACUUGUGCUAUUUCGGUUUUCCAUGCGGCAUUUGUCGAGACUCCAGAAGAUCCAGCUAAUGAAGAGAAGCGUGUAG